GGCUGAGGUGUUUUAUUGUGAAAGUCACGACGGGACGUGGCGUCCGUCGGGGGUAUUUCAAGUAGCUUGAAAGCAGCUCCGUCCCCUCAGUCAGACAGAGUGAAAGUUGUCUCCAGCUGGCAGAGCAGGCAGCCAGGACUCGCUAGUUUCCACCGCCGCUGCUUCACACGCUUUCUCCCGGAGAGAUGAGGCGGAAGGAGAAGAGGCUGCUGCAGUUCGCCGGGCUGCUCAUAGCGGAUCUUCUUUUCCUCCCCAACGUCGGGCUGUGGUCUUUGUACAGGGACCGAGUCUUCGACAACUCACCCGGCACAGUGGACGGACCAGGCGGCAUCCUCCGGAUACAGGGUUUGAACCAGAUGAGGAAGGUCGCUCAGGUGGGACUGGAUGGCGUGCGGCGGGUAGACUGGCAUGACUACGAAGCGAUGAGGAGAGAUGCUGCUCGCUCAGGUAAUGGUGAACAGGGGAAGCCGUUCCCUCUGACAGAAUCCGACCGGGUCGACCAGGCCUACAGGGAGAACGGCUUCAAUAUUUACAUAAGUGACCGGAUCUCCCUCAACCGCUCCCUGCCUGACAUCCGCCAUGCAAAGUAA